AAUGAAUCGAAAUAUUCCUAUUGGGAAUAAAAUCUGUGCCACAAAGGAAAUUUUUUAAAAUUAAGUGAUAUUAAAUCAACAUCUCUUAACCAUGAGACCAUAGAUUAAUAUAACUGCACCAAAAUAAUAUGAUUUUCUAAAAAGUAAAAAAAUUAAAGAAGCUAUAAAAUAAUAAAAGUAAUAAGAAAUAGAAAGAGAAAAUUAAAAUCUUAUCUCUAAAUUAACAAAUAUAAUGUAACAAUCAUCAAGUAAUAUUUUAUUUUUAAUUUACAGAUAACUCUAUUUCUACUCUUCCAAUAAAAAAAUCAAGUACAUUGAAUUUCGUUCCAAAAAAGUCAUUGAAUAAAGAUCAUAGAAAAAAAGAAUUGAUUAAAAUCGUUGUGGAAAAUCAAUAACUUUUAAAGAGAAUAUAAGAUUAAAAGUCUUAAUACAAUGUAAAAGAUUGGAAUGAAGAAAGAAAAUGGGUUGAAAAACACAUAGCCAAUAUCUCAGAAUAUCCAUAUAAAGAUUUUAAGCCUACAAAAACUCUAGUUUAGUAUUGGACAAACUCAAGAAUAACUGAAUCAUAAUUAUAGAGUAUUGUUUAAAAAAAUAUAAUAUCUUAGAAAGAGAGAACUAUAUUAAUAAGAAAUUAGAUCCUUUAAUUGAAAGCAAAAGUCAAUAGACAAAGUAUACAAUAUUAAAUAUUCAAAAAGACAAAGAACACGAUAAGACAAUAAUACUGAAUCUAGAUAAGUAUUAUGUCAUUAAGAUAUUCAAUAGAGGUAAUUAUAUUAAAAUAAUCCUCUAGAAGUUUAUUUGAAUCUGAUUUCUAACCAUAUGAACCAUAUCAAGAUAAGGUAGCCAAAAUUGUUAAUGAAUUGAUAGAAAAGCCUUAACAUUCUGAAGAAGAAAUUAAUUAAUAAACAUCUAAUUAAAAUUAGACUUAAGAAAUUUAGGAACAAAAUGUGAGAACUAAUAAAUCUAACAAUGAUGAAAUUGAAAACUAAUAAUAAUAAGAAAUUAUUAAUUAAGAAACAAUUCAUAUGGAUGAAACUCAAAAUAUUUUAUAAAAUUCUCAAAGAAAAACUUUGGAUGAAAAUAAUCAACAAGAAAAUGAACUUCUUAACCAAAAUUCAAUUCAUUAAAUUAAUCAAGAAAUUUAAACCAUAGAUUUUGAACAAAAGAAUGAAUAAAUUAAAAAUUAAUUAAAUGCAGAAGAAAUUUAAGAAUGA